AUGACACCAUCAUAUUCGACGUUCGGUGCUUCGUUGGCCAGGCGGAACUUCUCGGCGAGUCUUAACUGGGCUUCAAAGCCACUCUCUACUGUCCAUCGGGGGACGGCAUUCGAGGAACGGUCACUGAAACUCCUGCGGGAUAAUAUGUCUAUGUCGCUGAGACAAGUUGGCGGAAAAGAAGAUGGCGGUAUCGACCUACUUGGGUGGUGGUGGUUACCUGACCCAUCCGGCUCUGCGAACUCCCCACGACGGCGAAUACAUGUACUUGGUCAAUGCAAAGCGGAAAAGAAGAAGACAAGCCCGAAGUAUGUCAGAGAACUGGAAGGGGUGCUUCACCGCUUUCUACCCUCAAUCCAGCAUCAUUGGGUAAACCCUACCACGGCUCCUUCAACCCUCGACCCGGUGGUAGCUCUGCUGGUUUCCGAAUCUCCAUUCACCAAAUCGACUCUCCUACGCGCUAUGUCCUCGCCGAUACCGUUCUUUCUCCUACACGUUCCACCAUUGCAAGAAUCUGCUUCUGAGAUUGAAGCCGAACAGAUCGAGAAUAUUGGCAUGGCCGUGUGGAAUUCAGCAUUAGGGGGAACUCAUGGAGUACUUGAAGGGGAAAUGGAGGUGCGAUGGGAAAGAGAAUUGAAUAAUGGGGCUGGUAGACCAGGAUUGUGGUGGCAAAGGGAAAGGUUGUCAAGUUGGACGCCUGACGCCACGUCUUCUGCAAUGACGGACCUUGACGAAGAGUUUGAAUUGAAGGCGACUCCUUAG